AUAAAAAAGGAGCAAAUGGAAGAGCGAGGCCAGUGGAGCAGCAAAAUGGAGUUUGUGCUGUCUGUGGCCGGGGAGAUCAUUGGUCUGGGCAACGUGUGGAGGUUCCCCUACCUCUGCUACAAGAACGGCGGUGGAGCCUUCCUCAUCCCCUACCUCAUCUUCCUCUUCACCUGUGGGAUCCCCCUGUUCCUCCUGGAGACAGCGCUGGGGCAGUACACCAGCCAGGGAGGGGUCACUGCCUGGAGGAAGAUCUGUCCCAUCUUUGAAGGACUUGGAUAUUCCGCACAAGUCAUUGAGUCCUAUCUGAACAUCUACUACAUCAUCAUCCUGUCCUGGGCACUCUUCUACCUGUUCAGCUCCUUCACCGCAGUGCUGCCAUGGGCCAGCUGCAAUAACCCCUGGAACUCAGAUCUCUGUGUGGACUUUCUGAAUAAAUCCAGCUUGGACAACAGGACCAUGCCUGCGAACGCCACCUCCCCAGUGGUUGAGUUUUGGGAGAAGCGAGUCCUGGGGCUCACGGAUGGUAUUCACAAACUGGGCACUGUGCGCUGGGAGCUGGCUCUGUGUCUCCUGCUGGCGUGGAUCGUCUGCUACUUCUGCAUCUGGAAAGGGGUCAAGUCCACAGGCAAAGUCGUGUACUUCACCGCCACUUUCCCGUACGUGAUGCUCAUCAUCCUGCUGGUGCGGGGAGUCACGCUGCCGGGCGCCGCUGAGGGGAUCAUCUUCUACCUGAAGCCGGACAUCUCCAGGCUGGCAGACCCGCAGGUCUGGAUGGAUGCAGGCACUCAGAUCCUCUUCUCCUAUGCCAUUUGCCAGGGGUGCCUCACAGCUCUGGGCAGCUACAACAAAUAUACCAACAACUGCUACAGGGACUGCUUCAUGCUCUGCUUCCUGAACAGUGCCACCAGCUUCGUGGCUGGCUUUGCCAUUUUCUCCGUGCUGGGCUUCAUGGCUCGAGAGCAGGGUGUGCCCAUUGCAGAAGUGGCUGAAUCAGGUCCUGGGCUGGCUUUCAUAGCGUACCCCACAGCAGUAACAAUGAUGCCUGUGUCUCAGCUCUGGUCCUGCCUCUUCUUCCUCAUGUUGAUCUUCUUGGGACUGGACAGCCAGUUCGUCUGUGUGGAAAGCAUGGUGACAGCUCUUAUUGACAUGUUCCCGACCGUGUUUCGGAAGAAGGGGCGUCGGGAGCUGCUGAUCCUAGCCAUCGCGGUCAUUUGCUACCUGCUGGGCCUACUGCUGGUCACUGAGGGUGGGAUGUAUAUCUUCCAGCUCUUUGAUUACUAUGCUGCCAGUGGCACGUGCCUGCUCUUUGUGGCCAUUUUUGAAGUCAUCUGUGUAGGAUGGGUGUACGGAGCCAACCGCUUCUACGACAACCUUGAGGACAUGAUUGGUUUCCGGCCAUGGCCCUUGAUCAAGAUAUGCUGGCUGGUGAUCACCCCGGGCCUGUGCUUGGCUGUCUUCCUGUUCUCCCUGAUCAAGUACACACCCUUGAAGUACAACAACACCUACGUGUACCCAACCUGGGGCUACGUGCUGGGCUGGAUGAUGGCACUCUCCUCCAUGGUCUGCAUUCCUCUCUAUGCCAUCUUCAUCCUCCUGAGAACCAAGGGACCUCUGAAGCAGCGGCUUGUGCAGCUGAUUUCCCCGGCGGAGGACCUGCCGCAGGUGAAGAAGCACACGGCGGGCCUGUCCGAACCAGAGCGCAAGGAGCAGUCCCCUCCAGUCCGGGAGGUGCUCAGCAUCACAGAGAGAGAAACGCACUUCUGA